AUGGAGAGGAAUUAUUAUUUUGAAAUGUCUGGUUUUCCUGGGGUAUUGGGUGCAGUUGACUGCACACAUAUACCUAUUCAUAGUCUUGGAGGUGCUAGAGCAGAAGAGUUCAGGUGUGACUCAGCCUAUCCACAGCUACCAUUCCUCCUCACCCCAGUGGCAAAUCCUGUUGGCCAAAGAGAAGUCAGAUACAAUAUAUCACAUUCCAAAGCACGAAAUACCAUUGAAAGAGCAUUUGGUGUUCUGAAAAUGAGAUUCCGGUGCCUCACCAUUCCAUUGAAAAUUAAUUUAACAACAGUCAUGACGACUAUUUGCAGUACAGCUGUGUUGCAUAAUAUGGCUGUUAAGUAUAAAGAAGAUCUGUACAUGUCAAUCCUCAGGAUAUGA